UAACGCAGUCGACCCGACAGUUGCUCUUAAUCGCGGCGCUUUUGCGCAAUACUAAGCCAGUGCAGAAUAUUUAAGAUCGUUUAGUUUGUGCACUCAAAAAAAAAAAAAAAAAGAGAACACCAGACAGUGGUUAUUUGAAGAUGUUAAUGUAAAAAUCCAAUACUACUGUGAAUGGACUAAUAUUAUAAGAGUCAAAUGAUUUUAUUCAAAUACUAUUCACCUUUUGACGGGUUCGCUUAUGAAUUGAAAUAGAAUGGUGUUAAAAGAAAAGACAUAAAAUGCACAUCGAUAACUAAUUUUAUUUGGCACUUUUAUGUGACAAUUAAUCAUUUAGACCGCGCAUAAUAUUACAAAUUGAAAAAACAAAUGAAUGAUCACAUUUUACUGUGAAUAGUAAAUGACAGCUUGUGAGAAAUAUGUCGCUGUACACUAUUUUUUAAAUUUAUACACUGUGCACCGAUUCGGUUUGUUUUUUCUUGUGUAAAUUCGCUUGUUACCCAACUUUUAUGACCCUUGGGUCCGGUGACCCUUUAGUAACCGUCUGAUCUUCGCGUCUGUGUUCCGCUUAAAACGCUUGAUGCGACGCUUCAACGAGGCAGUUGCUCUUUAGAACGUCCGUCGCAAUGUUCUGGCUGGGAUUCGGAUUGCUGUUGCUCGCGUUGUCCCUAUACCUGCUAUAUGUCUUCGAGCGGCAGAGCAGGAUCGACCGGCUCACCCACAAAUGGCCAGCCCCACCGGCCCUGCCAUUCAUUGGCCAUCUGCACAUUCUAGCCAAAUUGGUGGGACCGCAUCCACUUCGACGAGCCACCGAAAUGAUCAACGAACAUCUACACGAUCAUCGAGCAAAACUAUGGAUGGGCACUAAGCUCUAUCUCGUGGACUGCAAUCCCAAGGAUAUACAGGCUCUGUGCAGUGCCCAGCAGCUGCUGCAGAAGACCAACGACUAUAGGGUCUUCGAGAACUGGCUCUGCGAGGGUCUCUUCACCAGUGGAUUCGAGAAGUGGUCCCAUCGCCGGAAGAUCGUAAUGCCGGCCUUCAACUACACCAUGAUCAAACAGUUUGUUGCCGUCUUUGAGAAGCAGUCGAGGAUUCUUUUGACGAAUGUCGCUAAAUUUGCCGAGUCCGGGGAUCAAAUUGACUUUCUGCAACUGAUCAGCUGCUUCACUUUGGACACUAUUUGUGAAACGGCCCUCGGAGUCUCUGUGGGUUCGCAGUCGAGCGCCAAGUCGGAAUACCUCGAUGCUGUUAAAUCAAUCCUUGUCAUCAUCGAUAAGCGACUGAAGAACAUCUUCUACCGCAACUCGUUUAUUUUCAAACGCACAUCGCAUUAUAAGCGAGAACAGGAGCUGAUAAAAACGCUUCACGGAUUCACAGAGGGCAUUAUACAGAAACGUAUUGAUGAAAUCAACCAGGAUGCAGAGAAUCGCAACUACCAGAGCAGUGAUGCGGAAUUGGACGGAGUGAAGCGGACCCUAUGCUUUCUGGACACCUUGCUACUGUCCAAGGGUCCCGAUGGCAAGCCUUUGACAGUCAAGGAUAUUCGCGAGGAAGUGGACACCAUCAUAUUUGGGGGAUUCGAUCUCACGGCCACCACCCUCAACUUUUUCAUGUAUAACAUGACUCUUCAUCCGGAGCACCAGCAGCGAUGUCGCGAGGAGGUGUGGUCGGUAUGCGGCAAGGACAAAAGUGAACCCAUCUCCAUAGAGCAGGUGCGCCAACUGGAGUUCCUGGAGGCGUGUAUAAAGGAAACUCUGCGGAUGUAUCCUUCAGGUCCACUCACUGCCAGAAAAGCCACAGCCAACUGCACAAUCAAUGACUUCUUCAUACCGAAGGGUAGCGAUGUAAUCAUUUCACCAAUUUACAUGGGACGUUGCAAGGACUUCUUUCCGGAUCCGAUGGUCUUCAAGCCAGAUCGCUGGGCAAUUGGAGCGGAGCCCAAAAUUGAGGCCACCACUUUUAUACCCUUUAUGGCGGGGGCUCGGAGUUGCAUGGGCCAGCGGUAUGCGAUGGUCAUGCUCAAAAUGGUGCUAGCUCACCUGCUGAGGAACUUCCUGUUCGAGCCCCUUGGCGAGCGACAGGUGAAGUUGAAGCUCAACUUUGUGAUCACGCUGCAUACCGUUGAACCCUAUCUAUGUAGAGCUAAAAAUCUAGAUUGAGGCUAGCCAAAAGUUUUUCACUUAGCCAAUACGUUUGUCAAUAAAGUUAGGUAUUAUUGUAGGUACAUUCCGCUUAUUCUAGUCUUUUGUGUAUUUUUUUUCCUUCAGUUAAGCUGCUUCUACAUGGCCCAAAGAUUGCAGGUAUUCUUUCUGUAAAUUAUGCCUCCUUAAUUAAUUCAAUCAAACAGAUAGCACACUCUUUUUAAAGCAUUUUUAUCAGGGAUUCUUUUAAGAAAGUUUAAUUUACGAAGGCUUUUCAACUUCAAACUUAUUAUGAAGCUUUUAGAAUAGACCGCUAUCAAUUCGUUUCACUUGGAUCCUUUCAAAGCGUUUACGUUUCAUUGCGACGCACAACAUUUCCGUUUUUAAUGAUAUACUCGUUUAAAAAAAGAAUUCUAUACGAUUUGAAGUAUUUUUUCGCCUGCUCAUUUUUAUGCGAUUUAAGCAGGGCGCGUUCGUCUAGAAAAUAAUUUCUGGCUGGCGUGGAUUUUUAUUGUGGCAACCGAGCAGCGGAAAAUCAACAAACAUUUCCUGGCGCUGUAAUAAAUAAAAAUGCAUAAAGCAGCCACCAAACCGUCGCCAGUCAGUCACUCGGUCUGCCUGAUCCUGCCACAUCCUGCCUUAUCCUGGGGAAAAUACACACACUCCCACUCCCGCCGAAUCGCCAUUAUCCACCAGCAUCAUCAUCGAAUUCCGGUGCAAAUUAUGAGCGUUGCCUGCUUAUUAUUGCGACAGCCACGGGGGCGCAGGAUAAGGCGGAAUAUAAAAUGCAAUUUAUUUAAAUAAAAAUCAAGUUUAAUUCGCAGUGUCGUAAAUUUUUCUUUUAUUUUUUUUUUUAUACUCUUCAGCUCGUCCCGGGCAUUGAAUUUCACGCUUUUGUUAACAAGCGCAUAAAAGUUUGUUCUAUCUGCCAACUGAUACGAUUCUGGCAUUCAGAAGCCCCAGCAGAAGGGGUUAGAAGACUGUUGAACUCAGUGGCUGAUUGGUGGUGUGAGUUUCGGGGGUGGGUUGAUUCUCAUAUUAUGGCCGGUACAUGAGAACGGAAACGAUUUCAGCCAAUUUCCAAGCAUUCCAAAUCGAUUUUAAUCAAUGAUAAAAAAUACAUAACAAAAUAUCAAGCCAUUUUUUAACAGAGAAAAUAGCUUAAAGGUUUUGAAGAGUUACACCAGUAGUUGGUAGAAAUAAUACUGUAAUUAAAGAAUAUUUUCAAAAUGCCAAGAAAAUUUU